GGAAGCGGAACAGAUCCGCGGCUGGACGGAGGGCUCGGAUAUAAAGUUACAGUUUAAACGCGGGUUUUGUGUUAUUACAGCAUGGAUGACCUGCAGCGGAUCUGUAUAUCUCUGUUCGGAUGUAUCGCGGUGUUGUUGAACGCUGUAAACGCGUUCAGUCCUAAUGUAGACAGUGAGUUCACGUUUCUUCUGCCCGCAGCGAGGACGGAGUGUUUCUACCAAACAGCGAUUCACAACGGCAGCAUCGAGAUCGAGUAUCAGGUGAUCGCUGGAGCUGGAAUGGAUGUGGAUUUCUCCGUCAUCUCUCCUCAGGGGAUUCAUCUCAUCUCAGAGUUUCGCCGCUCUGAUGGGGUUCAUAUGGUGGAGCCCACAGAGGCAGGAGACUAUCAGAUAUGUUUUGAUAACACCUUCAGCAGGUUCUCGGAGAAGAUGGUCUUCUUCGAGGUCAUCAUGGACAACCAGGCCAAUGACGCGGGAGCAGACGAUGAGUGGGCGGGGCUAGGAGAGCCUGAGAGCCUAUUAGAAUAUAAGUUGGAAGACAUAAGAGAGACGAUGGACUCUGUGCACCGCCGGUUGGAGCGCAGUCGUCAGAUGCAGACAGUCUUGCGAGCGUUCGAGGCGCGUGAUAGGAACCUGCUUGAGGACAACCUGUGGCGGGUCUCCUUCUGGUCCUGUGUCAACCUGUUAGUCAUGUUAAGCGUGGCGCUCACGCAGGUCUACACCGUCCGACGCCUGUUUGACGACAAACGGAGAGUCUGCUCUUAAAAUCAUGCAAACGUCACACUGACUUUUCAUAUACUACACGGGGCUGGAGAACUCGAGACAGAAGAUAUGAUGAAAGACAAAACAAGUGAGACGAGGAAGUUCAGAGACCACAGUGCCUUUACUACUUUGGUUCUAGCGCCAUGGACUAAUAGCAGUGAUGCUUAUGUCACUUCUGUUACAAGCACUCUCAUUGGACAAUCUUGUUAUAUAAGAAGAAUAAUGACUAGUUUUAUUCAUUUUUGGUCGUAAAAAUAAUUUCAUUUGACCAUGACGUUCAGCUGUAUAUUUCACAUGUUUUUUACUUUAGUUGUGCCAUUUCACACACCGCAGAACCACAAUGAUAAUGUGAGGUUAGACUGUUUUGGGAGAUGCUGUUUAAUUUUUUAAGGUUUGAAUGAGUUUGAAAUCAACAAAGGGAAUAUUCUGUACAAUGGUUUGCAUUUUAAAGACUUUUAUACAAUAAAAUACAAAAUGAUUCUUGUUUGUGUCCAUUGCAUUCAGUGGUCAACAUCAACAUGAAAGUAAAAUUGACUUUUAAUUCACAUUUCCUGGUUUCAUCUGUGGAAUUAACCACUUCUGAUGGUUUGUGAUGUUAAAUCACGUUGGAUGGAGAGUGGAUGAUCAUUGUACAUGCAGUUGUAGAUGACAAAUUAAAUCUCCAAAAGGACAUUAUAAUUCAGACAUGUUGAGUUUUACUUUAAGUCAUGAAUACAGAACCUGUUUAAUUCCAAAAGUCAUUUUAAUUCAAUCACAUCUGUUACAGAAAAAUAACAUGUGAAUCGUGUGAACGUUUGAGACAGAACUCAAAAGAAAAUUAACAAAUUCUUCUUUUUAUUGAUCGCAUUAAAAAAAACAAAUUCCCAAUGGCGCUCCCAAGUCCUCGUGGUGGCGUAGUGACUCGCCUCAAUCCUGGUUCCGGAGGACGAAUCUCAGUUGCCUCCGUGUCCGAGACAGUCCAUCCACACAUCUCAUCACGUGACUUGUGCGUGUUACCGUGGAGACAUAGCACGGGUGGAGGCUUCAUGCUAUUCUCCACAGCAUCCACGCACAACUCACCACACGCCCCACCGAGAGCGAGAACCACAUUAUAGUGACCACGAGGAGGUUACCCCACGUGACUCUCUCUACCCUCCCUAGCAACCGGCCCAAUUUGGUUGCUAAGGAGACCUGGCUGGAGUCACUCAGCACGCCCUGGAUUUAAACUCACGACUCCAGGUGUGAUAGCGUCAGUACUCGCUGAUAGCUGAACCCAUGAUCACAUUCAUUUUUUUUAAAGAAUUAUUUUUUCACACUUUAUGAAACGUCAGUAUGAAGAACAGAAAUGCAAAAACAUUUAGACAAGCAAUAAAGAGAAAAUAAAUGAAUGAUUUGUAUUAAAGAUUAUAUGAUCUUUAAUAUAUGACAUGUAAUGCCACAGAUAUUGUUUGUUAUUGUAGUGAACAGUGAAUGUUUAUUAUUGAGUGCGCAUUGUUUUUAUUUUAAAGUCUUGUGUUACGCACAAACGAAACUAUAAUUAAAAAUGGGUUCUACAUAAAACCCCAAUUCCGAAGAAAUUGGGACAGUAUGAAACAUGCUAAUACAAACAAAAAAAAGAAUGAUUUGUAAAUUAUAUUCACCCUUCACUAUAUUGAAAGCACCACGACUAAACAUUAUAUGAUGUUUUACCUUGUGAAUGUCAUUGUUUUUGGAAAAAGUACAUUCAUUUCAAAUCAGAUGAUUUCAACACACUCCAGUAAAGUGGAGACCGGGGCAAUUUAAGACCAAUAACAAUUUGAUGAGUUGAAAUAAGGUGAUGUGAAACAGGAGAUGUUAAACAGGCAAUCGUGUCAUAGUAUAUAAGGAGCCUCCAAAAACAGCCGAGUCCUUCAAGAGCAAGAAUCAUUCCAGACUUUCAGCUUCAGCAAAUAAUCCAGCACUUUGAGAACAAUGUUCCCCAAAGACAAACAAUUUCUGCAGUGCACAAUAUAAAUAAAAGAUUCAAGGAAUCUGGUCAAAUCUCAGGUUUUGGUCGAAUCUGGUCAAAUCAAAGGUCAAGACGGCAACCACUUCUCUGACCCCUGAGACAUCACUGUCUUAAAAAACAUCAUUCAUCUGUGAUGGAUAACAUGAACGUGGGCUUUGGAUUACUUUAGUGAACCUUUGUUACUCAACACCUCUCACCGCUGCAUCCACAGAUGCAAGUGCAGACUUUACUAUGUAAAGGAGAAGCCGUACAUCAUCACUGUCCAGAAGCGCUGCUGACUUCUCUGGACUCGCUCUCAUCUGAGAUGGAAAGCAGAACAGAGGAACUGUGAUCUCUGGUCCAAUGAAUCCACAUUUCAUAUAGUUUGAAGAGUUGAAAAACACAGCCGUCGUGUUCUCAGGGCCAAAGAGGAAAAGGCCCAUCCAAGCUGUUAUUAGCAUCAGGUCCAAAAGCCAGUGUCUGUAUGUGCCAGGGGUGUGCCAGUGUCUGUGUGUGCCAGGGGUGUGUCAGUGUCUUUGUGUGCCAGGGGUGUGUCAGUGUGUGCCAGGGGUGUGUCAGUGUCUGUGUCUGCCAGGGGUGUGUCAGUGUCAGUGUGUGCCAGGGGUGUGUCAGUGUCAGUGUGUGCCAGGGGUGUGCCAGUGUCAGUGUGUGCCAGGCGUGUGCCAGUGUCUGUGUGUGCCAGGCGUGUGUCAGUGUCUGUGUGCCAGGCGUGUGUCAGUGUCUGUGUGUGCCAGGCGUGUGCCAGUGUCUGUCUGGGCCAGGGGUGUGUCAGUGUCUGUGUGUGUGCCAGGCGUGUGCCAGUGUCUGUGUGUGCCAGGGGUGUGUCAGUGUCUGUGUGUGCCAGGGGUGUGUCAGUGUCUGUGUGUGCGCCAGGGGUGUGUCAGUGUCUGCCAGGCGUGUGCCAGUGUCUGUGUGUGCCAGGGGUGUGUCAGUGUCUGUGUGUGCGCCAGGGGUGUGUCAGUGUCUGUGUGUGCCAGGGGUGUGUCAGUGUGUGCCAGGGGUGUGUCAGUGUCUGUGUGGGCCAGGGGUGUGUCAGUGUCUGUGUGUGCCAGGGGUGUGUCAGUGUCUGUGUGUGCCAGGGGUGUGUCAGUGUCUGUAUGGGCCAGGGGUGUGUCAGUGUCUGUGUGUGCGCCAGGGGUGUGUCAGUGUCUGUGUGUGCCAGGGGUGUGUCAGUGUCUGUGUGUGCCAGGGGUGUGUCAGUGUCUGUGUGUGCCAGGGGUGUGUCAGUGUCUGUAUGGGCCAGGGGUGUGUCAGUGUCUGUGUGUGCGCCAGGGGUGUGUCAGUGUCUGUGUGUGCCAGGCGUGUGCCAGUGUCUGUGUGUGCCAGGCGUGUGCCAGUGUCUGUGUGUGCCAGACGUGUGCCAGUGUCUGUGUGUGCCAGGCGUGUGCCAGUGUCUGUGUGUGUGUGUGUGUGUGUGUGUGUGUGUGUGCCAGGGGUGUGUCAGUGCCCCCACAUCUGUGAAGGCACCAUUAAUGCAGACAUAUAUGUACACAUUUUGGAGCAGCAUACACUGCCAUCCAGCACCGUCUUCUCCAGGGACGUCCCAGAGUUUUCAGCAGGACGACUUGAAACACAUACGGUCGGGAUUAUAAGUGCAUGUCUGUGAGAAG